AUAAGCAUGUGCUGAUUCUGUUGCAAUAAAUGAAGGCAUACCUCACAUUCAAUCCGAUGAUGUGCCUCAAGUGCCAACGCGUACUAUGACUCCAGCUAUAACGAAUGACAUACAAGAUGAUGAUGUGAAACCUAGUGAGUCUAAUGUUGAAAGCAGAAGGUCCGGCACACACAAAUCUGCUACAGGAAGAAAAUCUUCUGUAUCAGCUAUCUCUUUUGCACGCAUUAAGGCAGAAGCUGAUUUGGCUGCUCUGAUGACUCGUCAAAAAUGAGUCAAGGACAAACAUGCACUGGAAGAGCAAGAGGAACAUCUUCAGAAAAGAAAAGAGAAGCUGAACUUGGAGGAAGAAAUCGCUGCACAUAUGGCUAAAGUGAGCGUGCUAAGAGCCUCAAGUGUGUCUAGUGCUAGAAGUGCUGCAACAGAACAGUCCAAUGGCAUGAAGUCCUAUUUUGAAAAGGCACAAAGGAAAACACAAACACUUAGUGUUUAUGCAGAUUCAUUUGUUCCUCAAACGUCUGGGAAAUAUAAACAAAACCCACAAGCAUGGGACUAUAAAGAUCCAGGCACAUGGCCUAAGGUAGCAAACGUCUCUCAGGAUGUGCACUCUCAACCUACACUAUUGAGACACUCUGAACCUAAGUCACAUCCAAUGGUCCUAAAUGCUCAAGGGAGCACUUGCUUACAGCCAGGAAGCAGAGAUCAAAAUCAUAUUUUUGACAUUAUGAAGAAGCAAAAUGAAAUAACAACUUUACUGGUACAACAACAGUGUCUCUCAUCUUUGCCUAAAAGAGAGAUACAAAUCUUUGAUGGUGAUCCGUUGCGUUAUCAUGCAUUCAUGAAGGCUUUGGAGAACAGUGUUGAAAGCAAGACCGACAGCUAUAGUGACUGUCUCUACUUCCUUGAUCAGUACACCAGGGGUCGCCCUAGGGAACUCAUCAGAAGCUGUCAGCAUGGUGACCCUAAGAGAGGAUAAAAGCUUUAUUACAAGAACAUUUUGGUAAUGAGUAGAAGAUUGCAUCUGCCUACAUGGAAAAGGCUCUUUCAUGGACUCCCAUAAAAUCUGAAGAUGUGAAGGCUCUUCAAGAUUACAGUCUUUUUCUUCGAGGAUGCUGCAACGCCAUGGAAGAAGUACAGUAUGAGCUGGAUACGCCUGCCAAUAUGUUGACUGUUGUAAAAAAGUUGCCCUACAAGCUCAGGGACAGAUGGAGAACGGUGGCCUGUGACCUGCAAGAGAAUCGCAACCAGAGGGCUACUUUCAUUGACAUUGUUAAUUUCAUUGAAAAACAAGUGAAGAUUGCAGCAGACCCUGUGUUUGGCAAUAUACAGGAUGGCCCAGCACCGGCAGUAAGCAAAGGUGUGAACAAAAUCAAGCCACACCUUCUCUCUAGAGCUAAAGGAAGCAGCUUUGCCACUACUGUGGCCACUGUGGAAAGGAAAACAGAACCUGGAACUAAAGGAAGGGAAAUGGUCUCAACAGCCAAGAAGGUUUGUCUGUUCUGUGGUGGUGGACACACAUUGGAUUUGACUUAACUGGAGAAAGGGGCUCAUAGUGAGAAGGUUAACUUCCUAAAGGAGAGUGGUGCUUGUUUCGGCUGUUUGUGUACUGGACACAUCAGUAGAGACUGUAGGAAGCGUCUUUCAUGUAAUGUAUGCAGUCUUAAGCAUCCCAGCGUACUUCAUAACCACCCAAGGGAGAAGGGAACAGAUUCAGAACAAGCCAAGAGAGAAUCGGACGCAGCAUUGGGCAGUGUUCUGGUAUCCAGUGGUCUUACUGGGGCUGGCAACCAUGAUUGUAAACUCCCUAUAGUUCCAGUACAAGUUAAAAGUAAAAAGGGUAACAAGACAGUGGUUACUUAUGCUUUCUUGGAUCAAGGGAGUACAGCAGUUUUCUGUACAGCAGGCCUAAUGAAUAAGCUCAACGUCACAGGGAGAAAGACACGCAUUCUCUUACGCACCAUGGGUCAAGAGAAAGUAGUAAGUAGCUACAUUGUUUCAGGAUUGGAAGUGGCUGGUUUAGAUGAUGACAAUUACUGUGAACUACCUAACACCUAUACACAGGAAAUUAUGCCUGUCCACAGAAGGAACAUUCCACAACAGAAAGAUCCUCAGGGAUGGCCUUACCUGAGACACGUGCAUCUGUCUGAGAUUGACUCAGAUAUUGAGCUGCUGAUAGGAACAAAUGUGCCCAAAGCAUUGGAACCGUUGCAAGUGAUUCGCAGUAUUAAUGACAGACCCUAUGCGGUCAGAACAAUGUUGGGUUGGACUGUGAAUGGACCACUGAAAGAAGACAGUGGUGAUGGAAUGGAUUGAGCGCAUCCAGAGCUAACAGUCAACAGGAUCUCAGUUUUGAACUUGGAUGAUCAUUGGCAGUGGCAGUUUAAGGCAGACUUCCCUGAAUGCAGUCAAGAUGAACAACCUGGUUUGUCAAGAGAGGACCACAAGUUCAUGGAGCUGGUCACAAACUCCGUAAGGCUUGUGGAUGGCCAUUAUCAGAUUGGCUUACCUUUGAGAAAGAAGGAGGUUAAUAUGCCAAACAACAGGAGGAUUGCAGAACAACGUGCUCUAAACCUAAGGAGGAGGCUUAAGAAGGAUAUUUCCUUUCACACUGAAUACAAUUCAGGACAGGACAGGGUCUCUCCAGACGAACCUCCGUUUACACGUGGGGGUCGACUAUUUUGGACCUUUUGAAGUAAAGAGCAGAAGGAGUACAGUGAAGAGGUAUGGGGUCAUAUUUACCUGUCUAGCUAUACGAGUUGUUCACAUUGAAGUGGCAUCAUCGCUAGACACAGAUUCCUUUAUUAACGCACUUCGUUGCUUCAUAGCAAGAUGUGGACAGGUUUUGGAACUGCGCUCUGAUAACGGGGUAAAUUUUGUGGGAGCGGAGCGUGAAUUGAGACAAACUAUUGAGAAUUGGAACCAUGCUCAAAUCAAUGAGCAUGGUUCCUCCUUCAGGGAGGAAUUAAGUGGAUUUUUAACCCCCCAACUGGCUCACAUCAUGGAGGAACAUGGGAGAGGUUGAUCAGGUCUGUGCGAAAAGUUCUCAAUUCAACCUUGAAAGUGCAGAACCUUAAGGUCUUCACACAGUUCUUUGUGAAGUGGAAGCUAUCAUCAAUAGUCGACCAAUUACUAAGGCAUCCACUGAUCCAUAUGACUUAGAAGCAUUAACACCCAACCAUCUGUUACUUCUGAAGACCACACCAGCCUUACCACCAGGAGAGUUCCAGAAGGAGGACAUUUAUGCUCGCCAUAGAUGGAAGCAGGUCCAAUAUAUGUCUAACUUGUUUUGGAAAUAGUGGGUUAAGGAGUACUUACCUCAACUACAAGAACGUCAGAAAUGGUCAGGUGUAAGGCGCAACUUUGUUCCAGGAGACCUAGUAUUUAUAGUUGACGACUCAGCGCCUCGCAACUCUUGGGUAAUGGGAAGAGUCAUUCAAGCUUUUCGAGACAGAAAAGGCCUUGUUCGUCAGGUGCGCAUCAAGACCAAGACCAGCUGUCUGGACAGGCCUAUAACCAAGGUCUGCCUUCUACAGGAGGCAGAGGCUUGAAGUCCUAGCUACAAAGGGGAGUUUCACUCACUUUUGACAGUUUGACUCAAUGAUACAGACUUUGAGUUUACAUACUGACUUGACAGAGAGUGGUGGUAAAGAUCACUCUGCACUAGGCUAUUGUGCUAGUAACCUCUGGCCUAGAUGACUUUUUACAUGACUUGAAGAAAGAAGACACAUGUAAACAAUGGAAAUUAAUGUGAUCAUUUAUCUUUUGAAGAUGCCAUGUCUGCUCUUUUUGAUAUGUAGUUGUGUAAUUAUUGUGUCAUAAUAAUUAGGGGCUGGUAUGUAAGAGCCAUGUAAAUAUUUUUGUCUCCUUUUCUAUCGUAUUUUGUGUUGCUCACCACCACUGGGUGUUAUGGUAGUUUUGUCACGUGGGUAUAGGUGGCGGUAAGGCAAAUUAUAUGGUCACCUGUUCACCUGUAUGAAGACAAAGAGGGGGUGAGUGGGGAGCAAGUACUCUUUUGUUGACCGCUAUCACUAUAUGGUACAAUUUGGAUUUAUUCGCUAAAGUAAUAAACAUAUUUUGCUUAGUCUCUGAAUUUUGCAUGUCAUACAUGCUAUACUCCUUCACUUAGCCUCUCAGUGACUUUUAGUUUGUUUUAAGUAGUCGCUACAGCAAGUGUUCCCCAUUUGGUGAUAGUGGCUUACCAGACUGAUCCCAGCUGGCAGUACCUCCAGUCUACUCUGUCUGCAUGUUUGUGAGCUUCGGCCAUUCCCUCACUCUUCCCUGCCAUGGAGCCCCCAGCAGGGAUGUGGAGUGGCGGUUUCAGCAGUAUGAGUUUCCUGACUGGCUGCAUGUGGCCGUACUCUACACCGGAGCCUUUUCCUCUGGAGACGGCUUCCAGGGACGGGUGAAAUCCUUCCACCUAACAGAGCCGGGAAACUACAGCCUCACCCUCAGUCCCGUGGUGUACAGUGAUCUCGGCAUUUACAAAUGCCAGUACAAGGAUGAGACUGAGAUCCCUCUCUCAGAUGUGAAACUAGAAAUUAGAGUCCCAUCACAUGUUUCCAUAGCGAUGGGAAUGUCCCACAGUCUUCCUUGCUUUGGGAAAAUUAACACACGAGCACGUGCUGAUGAUCUGGAUAUCCGCUGGAUGAGAGGCAGAGAGAACGUUUACCAGCUCCAUAAGAACACCAUCACAUAUGGGCCCAGGUUCAAGAACAGAACUUCACUUUCCCCAGAACAAGCCCUCUAUGGAAACAUGUCUUUAACCAUCAGACAAGCACGGUUUUCAGAUGAAGGCGACUACCAGUGCUUCUACAGUAGUCCAAAAGAGAGUGGGAAUCCAGAUUCUGCCAGUCUCUUUGUUACAGGCCACCCACCCCAGAACCUCACAGUGAAGGCCGGUGGUUUGCUCUCCAUACCGCUCUAUACCGCAGACCCAGUGAGGGUAACAUUCAGUGCAGGCCUUGGUUCAGAUGAGGUGCUGAUAUUCAAUGCAAAUAAAGGCCCAGCCAGGUAUGAGGAGCGUUGUGCUCAGAGAUGUGAGCUUCUGGCCCAGAACUACACCCUUUUGCUGAGGAGUGUGACACUGGAGGAUGCCGGAGUCUACAAGGUGACCGAUUCUGAGACUAAGAAGACUAUCGGCUCAGUCUCUCUGCACGUCUCAGCCCCUCCUCUCUCUGCUGGAGCAGUGGCUGGGAUAGUGCUGGGAGUGCUGGUGGUGGUGCUGCUGGUGUUGGGGGCCUUUGCUUUCUGGAAGUACCGCAAAGAACAAAAGCGAGCAGAGCCUGUAAUCAGUUACCAAGCAGCCAGUGCUGAAGAUCAGAACAUAUCCAGCAGCAGAGCAGCAGACCCAGCCCGAGACCCAGACCGCUCUCCCUGAACUCCGUCUCCCCGUGUCCGAAUCGGAUCCUUCUCCCACCAGUCCCCAUCUCCUCGUGUCCGAAUCGGAUCCUUCUCCCACCAAUCCCCAUCUCAUGUCCAAAUCGGAUUCUUCCGAUUCAUGUCCGAAACGGUUGAUUCCACCAGUUUUCUGUAGACUGACCUAUCAAAGAAUUCGGCGAUUUAAUUGAUAAUUCUAAUUUUAAACAUAAUUUUUAAAUUAAAUCUAAUAAAAUAUAUUUUACAUGUAGGUUAAGUGAGGGGUUCUAGCAUGCAAUAUCACUUGGUUCAGUAUUCAGAGUGCUGAAUAUUUUAACAAGGACAUUGACUGUUGGAACCGCUGGAUUCAUAAAAUAAACAUAUUUUUAAUUAAUCCUUGUUGUCGGACAGACAUUAGGCCUAAUUACUGAUUAUGUAAUGAAGUUGCUGAAACAGCUGGACUGUAACUCUGAAUGUGCUUCAGUGGAUGCGUUAACACUUGAUUUUGCAUCUUUAUACAGCCGAAGAGCAGGGCAAAAAUACAUUGUGUUUUAUAUAGGCAAUUAUUCCCAUUUUCAGAUUACAACACUAACCCUAACCCAGAUCUCAACAAAAUAAUUUCUCCUGGUUCUGUGUGCGCAACAGCUUUUGAUGUCUGGUAUUUGUGUUUUUUAUUAAUCAUAACUACACAGCCAUUUCGUAGCAUUGCGAGAUUCAAGAAAAAGCGUUCAAUUUGAACGAAAAGCUGAAGAAGAGAUGUCUGCUCCAGCUAGCUUGCCAGGCGUGUAGCUACAUGUUGGCAUCACAGGUCUCCCCAAUCAAAUGGCAGAAAAAAAAUGUUAUAUUGUAUUUUGGCCAAUUAAAACUCUGGAACAUCAAAAAAAAGUUACUGCGCGCUCGUAAGUUUGUCAUCUAAAUGAAGAAGUACAUUCCGAGUUAGUUUGUGAAUUGUUACCUCCUCUGCAAUAAAGGCAGUCUGCAGGGAUGGCAGUACCAGGAGCAGACAGGGCAGCUGCCAGUCUGCAGGGAUGGCAGUACCAGAAGCAGACAGGGCAGCUGCCAGUCUGCAGGGAUGGCAGUACCAGAAGCAGACAGGGCAGCUGCCAGUCUGCAGGGAUGGCAGUACCAGGAGGAGGCAGGGCAGCUGCCAGUCUGCAGGGAUGGCAGUACCAGAAGCAGACAGGGCAGCUGCCAGUCUGCAGGGAUUGCAGAAUCAGGAGCAUCAGGACAACUGCCAGUCUGCAGGGAUUGCAGUACCAGGAGCAGACAGGGCAGCUGCCAGUCUGUCUUUUAAAUAGUCUCCUGGCAGCUAGUCGUCGGGUUGGUAGAGAUGGCUCUCAUCCUCCCCCUCCUGGUCGAGCCCCUCCACAUCUGGCUCCACCAUGUCCCCAUUGCUGCUGAUGCAGAGGUUGUGGAGGAAGGCACAUGUGGACACGACCACCGGCACAGAGGUAGACUUCCCCUGGAAUCUCAGUACAGUUUUACUUAACUGUGUGAUUUAAAAUUAUUUUAAUCCUUGUUAGUUUGAAUACUGUACUUUUAAGUUUCGUGAAUUGCUCGUCUACGAAUCAAGUACUGCAUCUAUGCAUUGUGCUGUCAGUCGGCUUCACACCGGUGAAACACAUAAACAUAACUGCGUAUACGCUUUCUGUAAA